AUGUACCAACGAGUGGAAAUAUGUAUGUUUGCAAUCAUCAUUAUUGAUUUUAAUUGUAAUUGGAUUGAUAGUUGUAUACCAGAUAAAUAUUUAGAGGUGGAAAAGAAUAUUUCCAAUAUUUAUGAUAGUACUAAUCAAUUUUUGCCAUUCGAAAGUUCAUGUAGAGAUGCUUGGAAGAAUUAUGCAUGUGCAAGAGCUUUUCCACGAUGCACAAUUUCGAAUAAUGGAACAUCGGAUAUCUAUACUCCCUAUGAAAUUUGUUACUCUGUCUGUAAACAGUACGCUUACAAUGUAUGUAAAUUGUAA